AUGACGUCAUAUUUUCAGGCAUGCGUACCAUCUGUUGUAUCACCAGGAGAUAAUGUGGAUAAUGACUGUGACGGUGAUAUUGAUGAAGAUAAUUGUAUAGCUGAAGAUCUUGUGACUGUGUUUACGUCGACACAGGAUGAAGAAAGCGGUAACGUAACAUACAAGACCAUGACAUUAAAAGGAACAAAUUAUGUUAAAAUUAAUAUAAUUUCUUGCGAUGUUGCCAGGAUAAGACUUGAAAUAGAUAAAGAACUUCCCCAAACAAUGAAUAUAGAGAUAUCAAUAUCUGCUAUCGUUGUACAAUUGUGCGGUGACUUUUGUUUAGAGGCGAUAGUACAAACACAAAGUGUGUCAAAUUGCUCUGCACCGCAGUCUUACAUGCUGCAAUGGAACAACCAUUUAACUUUGCAUACGACCGCCUCAACGUAUAUUUUCUAUGACAAUAUUCCACUAGCGAACGACUAUGACAAACUAACGUUGUCAACACUCGGCAGAUCAGCUACUUUUGAAAUAUUUUUACCGGAAAAGGACUGCAAGAAAAUAAUUCAAGGUGCUCCGGACACGCAAGGUUCAAACUUCAUUCUCCCUGUUCAUAACACUGACAAUGGGUUCAUUGCAAUGCUGUCAACGAGAGGAGAUUUAAAUGGUACAGUCAAGAUCCAACUAGACGUAUCUAGUUCUCUUACUCCAAUAGAAAUGCUGGCAAAUGAAACGAAGCAAAUAUAUAACACAGAUAUUACAGAAGCUACCUAUAACAAAAUAACACUAACUGCUACAGGUGGGGAGAUAUCCGUCUAUCUUUAUAGAUCAACUGUACCGGGAAAAGAUUCAAAAGGUCCAAUCUAUCCAACAGAUAUCCUUGGUACAUCUUAUCACAUUUACAAACACAGUCAAGCAACACUAGCUACUUUUUGUGACAUAUACACCAUUGGACACGAUGCACAAACAAAUGCUGGUCACGUUCUCGUUGAUGUAAACACAGAGGUGCAACAGCAAGAAUAUGAUGAUCUUGGAUCAAGCCAUCUGGUAAAAUCCGACAGACCUUUAGCUGUUUUCUGCGGAACAUUGGAAACUACUUUGCUCCAGGUUCCCCCUGUAGAAACAUUAGGGAAGCAAUUUCUAAUACCCGCCAUUGAUAUUGCUGGCUUGUCCCUGAAUGCAUCGAUUGUUGUAAUUACGAGUGAAGACAGCACUGUUAUAACUAUACGAGGAGAUUACGACCAGAGGGACACGGUUGACAUGAAAGGUGGAAUUGUAAACAGGAUACUCGUCACAGAUACG